GAGCGUUAAAAACUUGAUUUGUGUAGUUUCUUUGAAAACAUGAAGAUCUCUUUGCAAAUAACUUUGGUCGCAGUCUUUGUCGCAAUUGGCACUGCAGAAAAAAUAUGUGUAGAAGUUCCAACUCAAGUAAAUGAGGCUUGUAGUCUGUCACUUGACAGUGGGUCAUCUCCGUGCCCGGAACCUCGAAUACGAUUUUCUUAUAAUAGCUUGGUCGGCAUUUGCACAUCAUUCGAAUAUUUUGGUUGUGAUGGUGAAGUUCCUGGCAACUUCGACAGCUCCGCGUCGUGUCAAAGUUCAUGCAUUGACGGAACACCUACUGCUCGAUGUAUGGAAAGUAUAUUUGAAGGAUCAUGUAGAGGACAAGAUUUAAGCAGUACGAGAUGGUAUAGUGAUGGUGGUGAAUGUAAAGAGUUCACUUACUCUGGUUGUGGAGGAAACGCCAACAAUUUUGAGUCUCUCGAAGCAUGUGAAGCAUCAUGCCCAUAAGACGUUUGAGUUCUUGAAGUCUUUCGAAUUCCUUGAAAUGUGAAGAAGGAACGGUUUUACUAUUAUAAAAACCAUAAAUAAAACCUCGAAUUCACAAUUUUAUGUUGAAUGUGAGUUUUUGAGUUUAAUUUCAGAUCAGUUUUAUUCAAAUUGGGAAAAAGACGACAGUUUAUUGUAAUUCUCUAAGUAUUUGUGAUUCACAUUGUCUUAUUUAAAAAACAUGACUUCUUAAUAAUGUUCACCUGUUUCAAUAAUAA